UCUCCUAACUUUUCCUUAAGCGAAAUUAUUUCCUCCCUUUCCCCCCCCACACUUAUUCCCGGGCGGUCCCCCUUAAUUUAUGGUGUGGGGUAUAUAUUCCGCUUAUUCUUUUUUCAUGUGCAUAUUAUCAUUCCGAAUUAUCAUCACGCAAUCAUCCUUACAUGCCAAAAAAGCUUAUCAUAUGAAAAUGUAUUUAGAAUGAUAUACAGCGAUCACUUUAUUUUUUGACAAGAAGGCGUGAUGGUAUAUCACGUGAGUCUCAUGCUGUCUAGAUGACGACUACAGUCACAAGGACAAUCCACAAAACAAAAAGAAAACCAACUUGCUUUGUGUCUUUUUUUUUCUUUAUGUCUCUUGUUAAAUUUAUACCUUUCCAAUCUUCUGUUGAUGCUGCAUUUUGGCAGUCUUUUGUUUCCAAGAAAUUAGAUAUCUUGAAACUAUCAAGUGAACCUCAAACGAUUCAUGGUUAUUAUACACUGGGACAGAUAGCAACAGACCAAGGUCAUCAAGUGAUGAUACCAGGGCCAUUUUGUAUUCCAGCAGAGGGAUUAGAUAACAGUACAGAGAGAGGAUAUCCUGUCCAAGGUACUUUGGUCAACACCAAUACCAUGGAAGAAUUUAGUAAAAUGAAUAAAAAUCAAUUAUUUCAACACGUGACUGAAACAAUCGUGGCAGCAGUCAAAAGUAGAGAAGCCAUAGAGAACCCAAGUAGACUGAAUUCGUUUUUGUUAUUGACAUUUGCUGAUCUUAAGAAAUACAAGUUUUAUUAUUGGUUUGCAUUUCCUGCACUCAUGCCUAGUGUCCCAUGGCAAUGCGUACAUCAGGAGUCUAUCCAUAUCACUUUGGAAAAUGCUUAUCACCCUUAUUUCUUGAUUAAAAAGGAAAUAUCUACUGGGAAAUUACGGGUAGCACCAUUCAGUGAAUUUAAUCAGUUUUUUGAGAAUCAUGAUCAAUGUAUGAUAGGGUUUGUGGACCCCUCAACAGCCACAGAUGCAUUUGGUUGGCCAUUAAGAAACUUACUUUAUUUGGUCUAUACAACAUGGCAAUUAAGAAAAUUCAAAGUAUGUUGUUAUCGUGGUCAACAGACAUCGAUUGUGUUGGAUGUGGAAUUACCAGCCAAUGCUGUGUAUGACAACAAGGCAGUAGGAUGGGAAAAAAACCCACAAGGUGCAUUAGGUCCUCGUAUGGUUGAUUUGGGACCAUUGAUGGACCCUACAAGAUUGGCUGAUACGUCUGUUGAUUUAAAUCUGAAGUUAAUGCGAUGGAGAGUAAUGCCUGACCUUGAUUUAGAAAAGAUAAAACAGACCAAAUGUUUAUUGUUAGGUGCAGGGACAUUGGGCUGUUAUGUGGCCCGAUGUUUAGUGGGAUGGGGCGUGCGUCAUGUUUCGUUUGUAGAUAAUGGUCAAGUAUCUUUUUCAAAUCCCGUACGACAACCACUCUAUCAAUUCCAAGAUGCUCUCCGCAGUGCACCUAAAGCAGAAACAGCAGCGAAACAAUUAAAGCUAAUUCAGCCUACCAUGACUGCCUUAGGGUAUGAUUUAAAUAUCCCUAUGCCUGGCCAUCCUUAUAACUCAGACGAGAAAUUAAAGCAUGAUAUGGAAAAACUGAUAGCAUUGAUUCAACAACAUGAUGUGAUUUAUUUAUUAACAGAUAGCCGAGAAAGUCGAUGGUUCCCUACCUUGAUUGGCUCACAACAGAACAAAAUAGUGAUUAACAGUGCACUUGGAUUUGAUACUUAUCUUGUGAUGCGACAUGGUUCACGUCAAUCUAAUGUAGGCUGUUAUUUCUGUAAUGACAUUGUUGCUCCAACAGAUUCGCUUACGGAUCGUACAUUGGACCAACAAUGUACAGUAACAAGACCUGGAUUAGCUGCUAUCGCAGGUGCAUUAUCAGUCGAAUUAAUGGUAUCUCUUCUACAACAUCCAGACGGGAUCAAUGCAAAAGCAGAUAAUAAUCAACAUCUUCUGGGUUUACUUCCACAUCAGAUACGAGGCUUUCUUGGGCAAUUUAGCAACAUGCUGAUCGUAGGACAAGCAUAUGAUAAAUGCACAGCUUGCUCAGAAAAGGUUAUUCAUGCCUAUGAACAAGACCCUUUAGAUUUUAUCAACAAAGUCUUGAAAGAACCUAAUUAUUUGGAAGACAUUACAGGCUUGGCUGACCUGAAAAAAGAGAGUGAGGCUUUAUUGCUUCAUGAUUGGGCAGAACAAGUAGAGGAUGAUUUCUAGGGUGGGAAAAUUUUCUAUCAAUAAAAUCUUUUUGAUUGUCCCCC